AUGGUUCAAUCAUCUGUUUUAGGUUUCCCACGUAUUGGUGGCCAAAGAGAAUUAAAGAAAAUUACCGAAGCUUACUGGUCAGGUAAAGCCACUGUUGAAGAAUUGUUGGCUAAAGGUAAAGAAUUGAGAGAACACAACUGGAAGUUGCAAAAAGAUGCUGGUGUUGAUAUCAUCCCAUCUAAUGAUUUCUCCUACUACGAUCAAGUCUUGGAUCUUUCCUUGUUGUUCAAUGCUAUCCCAACCAGAUACACCAAAUACGAUUUGGCUCCAAUUGAUGUUUUGUUUGCCAUGGGUAGAGGUUUGCAAAGAAAAGCUACUGAUGACAAACCAGCUGUUGAUGUCACUGCUUUGGAAAUGGUUAAAUGGUUCGAUUCUAACUACCAUUAUGUCAGACCAACUUUCUCCCACUCUACUGAAUUCAAAUUGAACACUGCUGCCGGUGUUAAACCAGUUGAUGAAUUCAACGAAGCUAAAGCUUUGGGUAUCCAAACCAGACCAGUUGUCUUGGGUCCAGUUUCUUACUUGUACUUAGGUAAAGCUGACAAAGACUCUCUUGACUUGGAACCAAUUUCCUUGUUGCCAAAAAUCUUACCAGUUUACAAAGAAUUGUUGCAACAAUUGAAAGCCGCUGGUGCUGAACAAGUCCAAAUUGAUGAACCAAUCUUAGUCUUGGACUUGCCAGAAGAAGUUCAAUCUAAAUUCCAAGAAGCUUACGAUGCUUUGGUUGGUGAUGAUGUUCCAGAAUUGAUCUUGACCACCUACUUCGGUGAUGUCAGACCAAACUUGAAAGCUAUUGAAAACUUGCCAGUUGCUGGUUUCCACUUUGAUUUCGUCAGAGUUCCAGAACAAUUGGACGAAGUUGCUGCUAUCUUGAAGGGUGCUCAAACUUUGUCUGCUGGUGUUGUCGAUGGUAGAAACAUUUGGAAGACCGACUUUGCUAAGGCUUCUGCUACUGUCCAAAAGGCCAUUGAAAAGGUUGGUAAAGACAAGGUUGUUGUCGCCACCUCUUCCUCUUUGUUGCACACUCCAGUUGACUUGGAAUCUGAAUCUAAAUUGGACCCAGUUAUCAAGGACUGGUUCUCUUUUGCUACCCAAAAAUUGGCUGAAGUUGUUACCAUUGCUAAGAAUGUUUCUGGUGAAGAUGUUGCCAAAGAAUUAGCUGCUAAUGCUGCUUCCAUCAAAGCUAGAGCUGAAUCUUCUAUUACUACCAACCCAAAGGUCCAAGAAAGAUUAACCACCAUCAACGAAGCCUUGGCUACCAGAAAGUCUGCUUUCCCAGAAAGAUUGGCUGCUCAAAAGGAAAAAUACAACUUGCCAUUGUUCCCAACCACCACCAUUGGUUCUUUCCCACAAACCAAAGAUAUCAGAAUCAACAGAAACAAAUUCGCUAAAGGUCAAAUUACUGCUGAAGAAUACGAAGCUUUCAUCAACAAAGAAAUUGAAACUGUUGUCAGAUUCCAAGAAGAAAUUGGUUUGGAUGUCUUGGUCCACGGUGAACCAGAAAGAAACGAUAUGGUUCAAUACUUUGGUGAACAAUUGAAUGGUUUUGCUUUCACCACCAACGGUUGGGUCCAAUCUUAUGGUUCCAGAUACGUUAGACCACCAAUUAUUGUUGGUGAUGUCGACAGACCAAAAGCUAUGACUGUUAAAGAAUCUGUCUACGCUCAAUCCAUCACCUCUAAACCAAUGAAGGGUAUGUUGACUGGUCCAGUUACUAUCUUGAGAUGGUCUUUCCCAAGAGAUGAUGUUUCUGGUAAGAUCCAAGCUUUGCAAUUAGGUUUGGCCUUGAGAGAUGAAGUUAACGACUUGGAAAAGGCUGGUAUUACUGUUAUCCAAGUUGAUGAACCUGCUAUCAGAGAAGGUUUGCCAUUGAGAGCUGGUAAAGAAAGAUCUGACUACUUGAACUGGGCUGCUCAAUCUUUCAGAGUUGCUACUUCUGGUGUUGAAAACUCUACUCAAAUCCAUUCCCAUUUCUGUUACUCUGAUUUGGAUCCAAACCAUAUCAAAGCUUUGGAUGCUGAUGUUGUUUCCAUUGAAUUCUCCAAGAAGGAUGAUCCAAACUACAUUCAAGAAUUCUCCGAAUAUCCAAACCACAUUGGUUUAGGUUUAUUCGAUAUCCACUCCCCAAGAAUUCCAUCUAAGGAAGAAUUCGUUGCUAGAAUUGAAGAAAUCUUGAAGGUCUACCCAGCUUCUAAAUUCUGGGUUAACCCAGAUUGUGGUUUGAAGACCAGAGGAUGGCCAGAAGUUAAAGAAUCUUUGACCAAUAUGGUUAAUGCUGCCAAAGACUUCAGAGCCAAAUACUAA